AUGAAGAAUCUUGGAAAUCAACCUACAAAAACUGAACUAAUUGAAAAUACAGUUUCACACAUUUCAAAGUUUUCCUGGAAUACUAAUGAAGGGAAAGUUUUGAAACUUUUUGCAUGUAAAGAGGAAGGUGAGAAGCUCGUUUUCCCAAAAUUUCAAAUUUUUUCAGUGGAAAAUAACAACAUGAAGAAUCUUGGAAAUCAACCUACAAAAACUGAAUUACUUAAAAAUACAGUGUCACACAUUUCAAAGUUUUCCUGGAAAACUAGUGAAGGGAAAAUUUUGUAA